AUGGCGUGUCCUGCUCGUGCUAGCCCGUUCCUGGAGGGCCCUGUCACCAGCGACAGUGAUUAUACCGGGGCACCACGACAAUUUGCUGGCCAUACUGGCUUUUCUAUCGACGAUGAGGACAACCGCCGACGAAACGGUGCUAUUGGCCCUUCCUUAGCGCAGCCAGUCUCGAUCCCUGCCACCAACGGCUUGAGGUACAGCGCACAACAGUCUGCAAUGCAGGAUGUAGCUUUUGGGGCAUCACCUCUUAUGAACCAUUCUGAUCCAUGCUCCGGUCCAUUUUCUCCUGCAUCAGGCUCUAUCUAUUCACAUUCAACCAGCUCGCCAUACGAGAGAAUGCCGGACUUUCGGCCACAUCGUGUGCCUGCACUUCAGCCGCCGCCCGGGCUGUCGUCCGCUCUUCAGUCACAAGGACAGGGCCUUUCCAGUACUUCGUCAAUCCUCGGUCGCCAUGAGAAUUAUCCAACACAGUACGCCCUUCAACGGGGAAGUACAUGUCCGUCCCUUUCGAGCUUGAGCGAAAUGCCGAGGAUUUCUUCGUAUACAAGUACUCCACGAGGCCUCGAUCAUACGUUUGAUAGCCCCCACAAUCUCUUCUUCGGACAGACUGGGAAUAUUUACACGGACUCCCAACAGCGCUUACCCCAGCCGGUAGCGGACGCACCUCCUUUCCACGAUACUAAUAUACUUUUGCCGAUAGUUGCAGGCAGUCAAGCCAUAAAACCGGAGAUUCACGCCAAGAUACAUAAAGGGUUCUUCCAAGUGGAUGAGAAAUGGACCUGUUAUCGACGGAACUAUUUCUCGGUCUCCUGCUCGUUUUCCUUACAUCCAUGGACGCGUGCUCCUCUUUAUCUGAAGGUUUCUGAUCAGACGACGGAGCGCAUCCUAAAGUUUUCCAUGUGCAUAUCGGCAGUUGUAAAUGCGCAGUAUGGUGAGAUUCGAGAGUUGGUUCAACACACUCCGAAACGUGACAAGCAAUCCGAAAGGAAGCCGGGGAAAGUCGUCCUGCAACCUUGCCAGCCGCCGCCAUUGCUUCUCAAUCACGGUACAACGACUAGUGGUGGUGGGCAGCACGCGUUUGCGCUGAACUCUCAAUCGGCUGCAUUGUCAAUGGACUACAGUUCUUCAUACACCGGCGCUCCGCAGCAAUCACAACCGCCGACACAGCACACAUUCGAGCGUAUUCAGUUCCAGAAGGCGACAGCGAACAACGGCAAACGCCGGGCGCAGCAGCAGUACUACAACUUGGUUGUCGAGCUCUAUGCGGAGAUUACAAAUCCUAACAACGGAAGUGAGACGCAAUGGAUGAAGAUUGCUAGGAAACUUUCGCAUCCCAUGGUGGUCCGGGGUCGUUCUCCAGGUCAUUACAAGGACGGUCGACGAGACAGUUCGACGAGCAUGGGUCCGGACGGGGGUAAUGGUGGCUAUGGUGAUAGCAGUGUGACAGCAGGUCUGUUACCAGGGGCGAGAUCGCAUCUGAUGAUGUCGUUCGAUCCGACUUCACGCGGAGGGUCUCAUUACGGUCGAGCGGAGUAUCAACACAUGGCGGAGCCGUCCCCACUGAGUGAUAGUCCGCACAUCUCGUCAUCCUCGUCGUCUGCAUUUGAUAUUGGGAUUCUGAAUGAUCCCAUGGAUCCGCUAGGAACAAUCAAAAGCCCGUCAAGCCUGGACGGGUACCCCGACGGUGGUUUCGGUCUGCUUGACCGUAAACCCGACAGCCAUUUCCGCACGCAUCUACCGCCAUUUGAGUAUGAUACACUGUCUAGGGGAAGUGAGGAGUCCGGCAACAGCUACCCCGAGUCAUUUGAUUCAAUGACUUCAAUAUUCUCGAGCGAAGCCAGUGAACCCUCGCAUUUUCUGAAACAUCCCACUCGUCUGACGCCGCAGCUUCAACAUAUCCCUACAUCCAGGGGCUAUGACCCCCUCGGCCCCUCUCGUUCAAGCAAUGACAGUCCUUAUUAUCGAUUUUCGAACUCGCAGAGUCUGCGUGCUUAG